CCGGUCGCAACUUUUGCAGAAGGGGGCGUGUGAUCUAGCGGGAGCUCGGGGUCCGGGCGGCUGCCGGUGCUGCUGCUGCUGCUGCUGCCGCCGCCGCCGCCGGGGGGAGGGGAAAGAGCCGAGCCGAGCCGAGCCGAGCCGAGCCGGAGAGAGUCCCAGUCCUGCUGGUGCCUGGUGCCAGGGGAGCAGAGGCGGCGGUGUGCGAGCGGGGAAGGAAAGGCGCAGGAGAGACCUUGCAACUCGCACGCUGGGCUUCACCUUGUGACUCCCGAGGGCUCGCGUGGCGGGGCAGAGAAAGGGCUGGCACACACAAAGAAAUCGCUCCAAGCCCGGCAUGGUGCAGCAAGCAGAAAGCACAGAGACUGAAAGCAAUCCGCCCAGGGAGGCGAUGGACACCGAAGAGGGCGAGUUUAUGGCAUGCAGCCCGGUCGCUUUGGAUGAGAGCGACCCGGACUGGUGCAAAACGGCUUCGGGGCACAUUAAGAGACCGAUGAAUGCGUUCAUGGUGUGGUCUAAAAUCGAGAGGAGAAAAAUCAUGGAGCAGUCUCCGGACAUGCACAACGCGGAGAUCUCCAAGCGCCUGGGCAAGCGGUGGAAAAUGCUGAAGGACAGCGAGAAGAUCCCCUUCAUCCGGGAGGCGGAGAGACUGAGGCUCAAACACAUGGCCGAUUACCCCGACUACAAAUACAGACCCAGGAAAAAGCCCAAAAUGGACCCAUCAGCCAAGCCCAGUGCCAGCCAGAGCCCGGAGAAAAACGCACCCACCAGCAGCAGCGGCAAAAGCGCCAAGAGCUCCAGUAAGAAAUGUAGCAAGCUCAAGUCCUCCUCCUCCUCCUCUCCCGCCAAGCCCGGGGCUAAAGCCAGCCACCCCGGGGACUACGCGGGGGAGGACUAUGUCUACGGCACCCUGAAAGUGAGCAGCAAAACCGUCAAGUGCGUCUUCCUGGACGAGGAUGAUGAAGAGGAGGAGGAGGAGGACGAGCUGCAGCUCAGGAUCCAGCAAGAGGCGGAGGAGGAGGAGGAGGAGGAGGAAGACGAGCAGCAGCAGCAGAGGCGAUAUAAUGUAGCCAAAGUCCCGGCCAGUCCCACCUUGAGCUCUUCGGCAGAGUCCACCGAGGGGGCCAGCCUGUACGAAGAGGUGAGGGGCAGCGCCGCCUCGCACGGCAGCGGCGGCAGCAAUAGACUGUACUACAACUUCAAGAACAUCACCAAGCAGAGCACCCAGCAGCAGCCCAGCCUGUCCCCGGCUUCCUCCCGGUCCAUCUCCACCUCCUCCUCCAGCAGCGAAGAGACGGACGAUCUGAUGUUCGACUUGAGCCUGAAUUUCUCCCAGCACCCUCACGCCGCCUCGGAGCUGGGGGUGAGCUCCGCUUCGGGGAACCUGUCUCUGUCCCUGGUGGAUAAAGAUUUGGAUUCGUUCAGCGAGGGCAGCUUGGGCUCUCACUUCGAGUUCCCCGAUUACUGCACCCCGGAGCUGAGCGAAAUGAUUGCAGGGGACUGGCUGGAAGCGAACUUUUCCGACUUGGUCUUCACUUACUGAGCCGCGGGAAGGCGUGUCGCUGGUGAGAACAACCGAGCAGAGAAAUCGGAAAGGAAAGAUGAUGCUGGUGAUGAUGUGAUGGGAAGUGGUGGAGUAAAAAAUGAAAUAAUAAAAUGUCUUCUUUUCUUUUUCUUUUUUUUCCUCCUUUCUUUUUUAUUUUUUUUUUUAAGUCUCAAAGUUAGUUCCAAACCGAGCCCGGAGUUAUGAUUUUUUUUUUUUUAAAUUUGGUGAGCGCAACAACAACAAAAAGGCAUGGGGGACUGGGGGAAAAUGAUUCAGAAGUCGAUGUUCGAAGCUCGUCGGUCUGUGAUUGAAGUCUGGAAGAUGGUCUGCAAAGAAGUCUUUUGGCAGCACAACUGUUACUCAAGGGGGUUGUGGAUUUUUUUUUUCCCGCGAGAGAUCUUAAAAGAACUGUUCUGAUUUGAUUUUUUUUUUUUUUUUCUGAAAGGGACCAUUGCAACUUUUUUUGGAGGGAGAAAACUGAUGUCUUCUAUGCAUCCGAUUUUUAACAAAGCUGCAGGGAGCUUGAAAAAAUGCAGACUGUACAAACGCUUACAAAAAGAAAAAAAAAACUGUGAACUGACUUAAGAUCAGAGUUUACUUUUCAGAUCAAAUUGUCUAUGGUUUUACAAAUGUGAUUUCUACUUGCCAACUUUUUUUUUGUAACUUGUUCCCUUAUACCUCCUUGAUUGAAUACCAGACAGCCUAGACCUCAGUACAAAAAGGAGCCGUCAGAUUUCAGUUUUACACUUUGAAAGAACUGCUGAUGGCAAUAAACAGACUCAAGGUGGAAGUGUGUUUCUCAAGAAGUUUACUUUUUAUCUGAUAGGCAUGGGUCGAUCCUUUUAUCUUUUUUUUUUUUUAUCCACUAAUAAAUGAUCCAGCUGUUUACAAGGACAAUUCACUGUGCUGGUAAUUUUGGUGGCAACCACUGCUACAGGCUUUCAGACUUGCUGAAAAUGAAAAUCCUGCAUACAUAUUUGUAAGGCAUAAUAAAACACAACAUUUAAACCUGCAUGCAUGUUAUGUUUAAUCAAAGACAACUCUUAGGCAUUUAAGUGGUGAGAUAGCUACUUUAGGUUAGUUUAAAUAAUCUGGUAGUUAAAUGAUUCAUAUAAUCUGAUCUCUUUCUCAUAAUAAUAAUUAAUAAUUUAAAAAACUUACUCAUGAUUCUAAAUAAAAGAUGUUUUGGCCUAAAUCCUUGCUAUCAGAAACGUGAUAGUGAAUGUAGAGUAUCUGAGAACCUAAAUUUAUGUCUUGCAUUGUGAUAAUUCUUUAUGGAAAAAAAAAAACUUUUAAAACAAGUACAACACACAAAAUAUCCUUGACAAUGGAUAGUCCUCAAUAAAACAGAAUUUCUUGAAUUUUAAGUUUUUUUUUUUUUUGGUCUCAAAUGAUUAGUAUGUUCUCUAUAUAAUUACUUAGCAAUUAGACUGAAAACAAAUGACAUUUAUCUCUUCUAAGGCAAAAAAAGAGGAAAAAAUAAAAGAACUAAAGUGCUCUACAGCCUAGCCAUUAGCUGUCCUACUGUUGAAAACCAAUUCAUGUUCAGGGGCUAGGGUGAUAGUAUUAGAUGAUCAUAUUCCAAUCCUUUAAAACUGAGCCAAAAUUCUCUUAGCAAUUCUUCAAGCUAUCAUGAGAGGGUAUGGACAAUUUCUUCCACUUCCUUCUUUCUGAUUUG